GGCGGCGCUGCCCAAUGAACGGCGGCGUUGCUGGCAGGUGGGGAGUGUUUUUGUUUUGGGUUGAAGUUGAGGCUGGGGAGAGAGAGAGAUAGAGAGACAGAGACAGAGAAAGAGAGAGAGAGAGAGAAAGAAAUAGAGAAGAGAGAGAGGGAAGAGAAGCGAGCCAGCGGCUCCCGCUGCGGGAGGUGGUGGAGGCCCCGCCGGAGUCGCUGCUGCUGCCGCUGUCGCUGCCGCGGCCUCCUCUCCCCGGGCUGGUGCCCGCUUCCCUUGCCCUCUCAGCACCGGGCCGUCCCGGCCCUCCCCGCGGGCCCCAGCCAGCCUCCCCGUCUGCACGCCGCAGCGCCCGGUCGCGGCCGCGCCCGCCGGCCCUAUGAGGAGGGACAUGAACGGGGUGACCAAGAGCAGGUUUGAGAUGUUCUCAAACAAUGAUGAAGCUGUGAUCAAUAAAAAGCUUCCCAAGGAACUACUGCUAAGAAUAUUCUCUUUUCUGGAUGUUGUUACAUUGUGUCGCUGUGCUCAAGUAUCCAGGGCUUGGAAUGUUCUAGCUCUAGAUGGCAGCAACUGGCAGCGAAUUGACUUGUUUGAUUUCCAGAGGGAUAUCGAGGGCCGAGUAGUAGAGAAUAUUUCUAAAAGAUGUGGUGGUUUCUUGCGAAAGUUAAGUCUGCGUGGGUGUCUUGGAGUAGGAGACAAUGCAUUAAGGACCUUUGCACAGAAUUGUAGGAAUAUUGAAGUACUGAAUCUGAAUGGAUGUACAAAGACCACAGAUGCCACAUGUACUAGCCUUAGCAAGUUCUGUUCCAAACUCAGGCACCUUGACUUGGCUUCCUGUACAUCGAUAACCAACAUGUCUCUAAAAGCACUGAGCGAGGGAUGUCCACUGCUGGAACAACUGAACAUUUCAUGGUGUGACCAGGUGACCAAGGAUGGUAUCCAGGCUCUAGUGAGAGGCUGUGGAGGGCUCAAAGCCUUAUUUCUUAAAGGCUGCACACAGCUUGAGGAUGAAGCUCUCAAAUACAUUGGCACACACUGUCCCGAACUGGUGACUUUAAACCUGCAGACCUGCCUACAAAUCACAGAUGAUGGUCUCAUUACAAUAUGCAGAGGCUGCCACAAAUUGCAAUCUCUGUGUGCUUCUGGCUGCUCCAAUAUCACAGAUGCAAUUCUGAAUGCCCUGGGUCAAAACUGCCCUCGGCUUAGAAUAUUAGAAGUGGCAAGGUGUUCUCAGCUAACAGAUGUGGGCUUCACUACUCUGGCGAGGAAUUGCCAUGAACUAGAAAAAAUGGACCUAGAAGAAUGUGUUCAGAUAACAGAUAGCACAUUAAUUCAGCUCUCUAUACACUGUCCAAGACUUCAGGUGUUGAGUCUGUCUCAUUGUGAGCUGAUUACAGACGAUGGAAUCCGUCACCUAGGGAAUGGAGCCUGUGCCCAUGACCAGCUGGAGGUGAUUGAGCUGGACAAUUGUCCACUUAUCACAGAUGCAUCCCUGGAGCACCUGAAGAGCUGCCAUAGUCUUGAGAGGAUAGAAUUGUAUGACUGUCAGCAAAUCACCCGGGCUGGAAUCAAGAGACUCAGGACCCAUUUACCCAAUAUAAAAGUUCAUGCCUACUUUGCACCCGUCACUCCGCCUCCAUCAGUAGGGGGCAGCAGACAGCGCUUCUGCAGAUGCUGCAUCAUACUAUGACGUUGGAGGCGAUCAGCCUUGGUGAACUAAGUAUUUAAUGACACUUCUAGAGUUACCACGGAGUCUCUCCAGCGGAAUCGACCCCAGUGUUCUGAGCAAGGGCCAGAAUAGAGGGCUGUGUCCGGAUCCCCCAAGCCACACAUACACAUGCGUAUAUACCCACACCGUCCACUCCAGCUGACGUACUCUGUGACAGUGGGACUUGAAUCUGUGUUGGCUUUUUUCUGACAGGUAGAUUGGUGUAACUUGAAACCAUUCCUACUGGGCAUGCUCAGAAGAGAAUCAGAAUCCAAGGUGGGGGGCAUUCCCGCAAACCCAGGGUCACUGCUGCUGGGGUUUGUUUGUUCUUUUUGUUUGAGGUUUCUUUUGGGGAUGUCAGAACACUAAUGAGAGCUCUCCAAAGGGAAGGAGAGUAUGGACAAAUACAGUAAAUGUUGCAACCAGGGACCAGAAAGAAAGAAAAAUCCUUCCUCCCAUAAGAGAAUGAAGAUGGCAACCAUUCAUGAGACUGUAUUACAGUGCUUCUCUACUUCCUUGUUUCCAUACCAACAUGCUGAGCAUGCUCAUCAGUCAGAGCAUUCAAUUCAGAGAUUUCCUAGAUGGUCACAGUGAUUUAACUUGAAAUCUCUGAUAUCCAAAUUUGUUUCUUUUGUUCACUGAUUCAUUGUGUUGUUCUCCCUAGCUGUCUUUGAGUGUGUUUGUGUCUGUGUCUCAUUUUCUCUUUGUGUUGCUUGCUGAAGCACUCUCUGUCGCCUGCUCAUCCUUUGUCUCUUUUGCUGUCUUCUUAUUUAAAGUUUUCCAUUUGGGGUGAUUUAGUUGAGGCUACUGGAUACUUUUUAAAGAAAAGUUAUUAAUUAUUAGUAAAAAUAUUUUAAAAUUCCACUUUUUUAUCAUUAGAAAGACUGCCUAAGGUUCAGUCUGAUGAGAAGCUCUAAAGAGCAGGUGAGGGAAAAUGAGCUAAAUAUGAGCUCUUGCCCCUCUCUUAUGGAAACAAUUCAUAUUUUUGCCUUUUGAGUUCUUCCUUAAGAAAAGAACAUAGCUUGUGACAUGAUAAUACAGGUGGCUGUGCUCAAUAUCAUCAUGCUCCCUAUGUUUCCUUGAGUUGAAUCCUGAUAAUCAGUUGAGUGUCUUACAUAAGGCAUGAGAGAGCAGCAUUUUUUAAGCAGAAUUGAUUGGGAAAAAUACCAAACCUCAGUCUGAAAACCCCUGACCCCUUUUUGAAUCUCAUGCUGUGAACUGAGAUUUAUGUACGCUCAACAGCAUUGCUAACUUUGUUGGCUAAGUGUUUUGUCUCAGGAAGAAUACUUAGAUGAAACACAUUGCUGUCUGUGCUGCCAGUUUUUAUUAUGUGUUCCUCCCCUUCUUCCUACACCAACCUGAACCUUAUGGUAGUGUGUGGCUGUUGUAUUUAGGGUCAUCAAUUUCAGGUCUAAUGUUGGUCGUUCAAAGGACCAGCAAAACCUUCCCAAAGAAGUCACUUACCCAGUCUUGUCGAUGCACUUCAGAUAUUCAGCGUAAGCAUAAACCGGUGGGAUUGGAUCCUGGAGGAUAUCGGGAGCAGCCCCCAGAAGGCCUAAGAUAAUAAGUGCAGAUGAAGGUGGUCCUUGUCUCCGCAUGUACUUCAGUACUUGAGAACUGAGGGAGGAAGGUUUUUGGAGUGAAUUAGGAAAAAUGAGAUGAUUUUCUAAAGCACAAGUAACAGAUUUCUAGGCCUCCAGAGUUGGAGCUUUUUGUUGUUUGAUAGGAGUUUAUUUAUAUGGUUAAGGUAACCUUUUGUCACUUUCUGACUGAUCUAAGCAACUCCAAAGGUCAUUUUUCAAAUUACAGGUGAUGGCUCCCUCUCCUAAGACCACCAGCAUAUGUUGGAAUUAGCUUGGCUUGUUUCUUCAUUAAUUAGAAAGACUUCAGCAGAUGAGAGAGUGCUGGGAAGGAGCCUAUGACACUGCCUACCAUUUAUUGUGUUUAAUUUUGGUCUUGAACUCACUGUGCUCAAAACCACAAAGAACUUUUUCUCCUUCCCAGUUCCUAAUUUUGGAAAUACCUAAAAAAAUAUAACAAACCUUAACAACUUUGGAAAGAGACUGAUCCAGGAGGUUAAGUUUUGAUACCAUAGCUGAUAAUUUGUAUUAAAUUUUGAAAAGUGUAAUGGGGAAGGGGAUGCUGGAGAGUAAUUCAGGGCCUUUUUUUCCCUCCAGAAAAAUGCAUGCUGUUCAGAUCUGGCAGGCUGAUCCUAAAAUUCUUUGCCAAUUCACUUGGGGAGGAGAGGAGAAGGAAGUAGGUGGCAGCAGUGGACUUUUAUAGGCCUUCCAAUGCCUAUAGUAAACAGAUGUCAAUUUGAAAUGCCUUUCCCAAAAAUCAAAAUUAUUUCUUUUCAAGGACACAGCUUCUCCUAUUUAGUAUUUUAUUGGAGACUUGAUUUCUAAAAGUAUAGAGAUCUGACCCAGAUGCAGAUUAGAACUGAUCUGGCCUGACCUGGUAAUCCAUGCUAUAGAAAGAAGAGUGCUGGUGUUUUAGAAAUCAUGAGGAAGAGAAUGAAGCUUCUGAUACAUUAAGUCUGUGAAAUGGGUUGCAUUGGCCAAUUUAAUUUCAUGCUCUAAGCAUUAGGAUUUAAUGUUAGGAUUUAUUUAUUUCUGAUGACAAACUGUGAUCCUUUGAAGCUUGGAAAGGAUUCUCAUUAGAAUGCUUCAUUGUUGUUAGAGAAAAUCCCCCUUGCCUUCAUUCAAACUAAGCCCUAAAAGAUUUUCCUUGGAGAAGACUAUUGUAGCUUCCAGAAACAUAAGAUGUAGUGAUCUUAUUAUGUUGAAUGGAAAGAAGCUUGAGAUUAUUGUUCUCCCCAUUUAUCCAUAUCUACAAUCCUGUCAACAGCUGUGAUCUUAAGAGGUCUUUCCUAAAUCAAAUACUUCUCCCUCUUUAAAGUGCAUUUGCUUGUUUUUUUUGUCACUAUAUGAUGUGUCACCUAUAGUAGAGAAAAUGGGGUCUACGUAACUUGAGAGUUUCUUUACAGAAAUGGUUUCAAGAUUAAAAAAAGAGGAGGUAAACAGCCCUAUCCAACUAGUUACCACAAGCCAGGGGACAUUGGUGCUAUGCCAACUGAAGUGAAUUCUUGAAUGUCAGUCAUCAAUUUUCUGAACAUUCUUUCUGUCUCUUCAAACUUCAACCAAUAAUGCUUGCUUUUCCUGAUUUUAUUUUAUUUCUACACUUUAUCCUCUCGAGACUUUUUUUUAACAGAUGUCCCUCUUUACCCUUUAAAUAAAGCCUCUGCCUCGUCCCAAAAAUGCUAAGGUUAUAUUAGAUGUCUCCGAUGCCUUUCCCUCCUAGUAAUGCUCGUGUGUAGCAAAAAAAAAUGCUCAAUCAGCCUUGAGUUCUGCCAUUCUCUGGUGAGUCAGACCAUUUGUCACUAGGUCUGAAGUUUGUUUAUUGAGCUGAAAUAAGCUUGAAAGCAAACUGUUUGCUGGAUGUAUCCUAGGAGAAAAGGGUUCUGACUUCAAUCUUUUUUUUCCCCCAGUAUUGGGGCUAUGAUGAAUAUGAAAGUACAUUGUGCUCAUAUUUCUCUUUGUACAUUUUUUCUUUUCUAAUUUUCUAAUUUCAUCUCUAACAUAUUUUGGGAGCCUACAGCUAUUUUAAAGAGACUCUUAAAUGAUCUUUGUAAAUUUCCAAUAAUCUCCAUAUCUGUUAUAGACUAAUUUUUAAUCAGAUACAAGUCAGAAACUUGUUACAUAUUCCUUUAAUUAUAUAUUCUGGAGAGAUAUCUGCAAAAUACUUUUUAUGCAGUCUUCAUCCAGAUUGUGUCCCUCACUGAACAUUUAAGUAUAACUAUAAUAAUGCCAAAUUAACCAGAACUUAAAAUAUAGAAAAUGCAACCAUAUUUUUUUAUUGCCUUGUAAGAUACUGUUGCCAGUUGUUCAGUGCACCAAUGGUAGGACUGAGGGAGAGGGUUAGGGGUGACAUAAAAAGAAAAGUACCUUGAAAUUGAAUGAAGGGGAGAAGAGCAUCUUUUUGGUUAUUGUAAGCUGGAAUGGGGAGAAUGUGUGUCCUUAUCCUGUUUUCCUAUCCAUAUCAACAACAUGUUAAGGAAAUUUCUUAAUAAAAUUGUGGAGAGGUUUUUUUUGGGGGGUGGGGGGGAGGAGGAGGGAUGCUAUUAAUGCAUUAUGAUUGAGCCCUGUCCACUAUCUUUAAGCUGCUGCUGCUUCCCAAGACUACUCAUACCGCCAUCGUUAAUUACCCCACCAUGGACACAGAUUGGAAAAAAUAGAUAUUGUUACUGCUGCCUCAGUUAUUGAAGAAUAGAACGAGGAGUUCAGUGAGGAUAUCUUUUCCCAUUGUGCCACCCUCAUAACAGACCUGUUCUAUAGGGUGCUAAGCGCUUCUAAAAUACUUUCUAGUCUCUCUCCUCCGUCUGCUUCCUAGCUGUUGUGCUUUAUUUUCCUCAAAAUUGUUGAUUAGCAGAACCUUUAGGCAAAGGUAAAAUGUUUUUGAGUUGUAGAUCUUGGAGUAGAACUUACCAGUGAGGUCCAACAGCCCCAUAGGAAUGGGCAGAGGACAGAUGUGAAUGGUCCACUUUCCACUCAGCUGCAGUCACUAAAUUUAUAGUGAGCUUGAUAAGUCUGGUAAGGCCAGGUUGUAUUACCCAGAUAAUUCAGGAAGAGAUCAGUGCUAACCUCUAUAUACUUGCAUAAUUAAUUAUGUAGAUGAGCCCUAAAAGCCUAUGGUUCUACAAGGGAGGGGUGAGAGGGAGAAUAUAAAUUGAGAACUACCUGCCAUCACCCAGCCCUCUGAUUUCUGAUAGAUUACCUUCCAUAUAACUAGAAAAAUUCUUAUGAAGUGAAUGAGUUCUUAGCAUGGGAUUCUUUCAGGUCCUUCCUCUUUGGGGCUUAUUGUACUGCUUGGGAAUUUCAGGAACUAGUCCCAAAGCUGUACUUGGGUGAAUAUAGUUGUGUCCCAGUGGAGUCCCACUUAAAUUUCAGCAGAACAGGCUUCAUUAUAAUUGCUCAUAGAUGUGGUAUUAAAGAGUUGUGCUAUUAUCAUUUCUGGCUUUAUUAGUCACAUUUCAAAAAAACAACCAAGCCACUGUGUCUUCUUGGCCACAUCAGUGGAGAGGCCACUAGGAUUGAUAAGCCCAUGCAAGUUUUCAAAUUCUGUAAAAAUUUGGUUUCUGGUCAUUUUUGAUAAAAGCUUCUGGGGUCUUUUGCCUUGGAUUUGUGUUUUUUGUUUAUUUUUGUUUUGUUUUGGUCAGGGAAGCAUUAAGUUAAGAAAGAAGCAAAUGACUGUUAGGGUGUCUUGCCUUAGGGUAGGAGAAUCUGCCCUUUGGGUCAGUUCCUGGCCUGGAAACACCCAGUAUCAUCAAAUUGUAGAUAAUUUUCCUACUUUAUGAUUAUUCCCUUCCCCUUCCACCCUCUGCUUUGUCUUUUUCAUGCUAAGGUUGUUAAUGAACAGUAGUAUUUUCAUUCUCUCUCCCCCUUGGUUUGACUCUUCAGUCUGUAUGAAGUAUAUGUUGGAGGUUGGAAGGGAUUGCUAAUCAAGUGACAUUUCCCUUCUUUGGGAUAUUGUAUCUAAAAAUAGAACCAACCCAUGAACAAGUUCUUAUUAAGUCCCAGCUGUGUCAAAGUUAGUACAGUGAAACAGUUGCCAGUGGUACCUGACUGCUUAGUCAGGGCUAGGGCAAGUGUUGGUUAGGUGGCAGUUGGGACCUUCCCCCGUUGGGACCUGGAAGAAUAUAGGUUGGCCAAUCCACAACGUGAUCCAGAAGAAGCCACUUUCUGAAAGAUUUUUUUAAACCACGUCCAUGCUUUCUUCUAAGGACCUUUGGAAGUCUUUAUGAGAUAUGGUUGUCCCAGAAGAAAACUGCCCCAAACAUUUCUCCCACAGCAGCUUCUCUUGCCUACCAACACUGUUUCUCUGAAAUCCACACAACUGCUGCUCAUGUACAUGUAGGUGUGUCUCUACACACAUAUGUGUUUCUUAUCUCGGCCCUAAUUUCUUGGCCCCUGAAAUAAUGCUUGUUACUCUUAACUUUUUAAGGCACUGGAGGAUGAGAAAAUAAAGUCUUAACAACCCCUGCUUUCAAGAGCUGACUGGCACAGUUUGACCAGUUGUACUUUUUAAAAUAAAGAUUUGGAUUGUUUUCUUCCCUAGUGCUAUAUAACACUGUAAUGAGCAAAGCUUUUGCUGCUAUUUUCCUGGGUUUAUGUAUUAGGAUGUUCUUCCUCUCUCCCAAACCUCUGCCCUCAUACCCGUGCCAAUCCCUCCUUUAAAAAUAAGUUAUUUUGUGCAUCACUGGCUGUUCUAUCUGACUGGAGGCUUGGUGAGAAGAGCCUGACAUCUCCCCUGACAAUGAAACACUAACCUCUGAGUCCUUUAUGAGCCAACUGGCAUGUUUACAAGACCUACCUAAAGCAGCUCCUUGAAGUCUCCUGCCCUGAGGAGAACAGUGUAAGCUAGCCUCCGUCUCCUCCUUUAAGGCGCUUGGGAAGGAAGAGCAAGUGAGAAGAGGAUGUCAGUGGUGUCAGCUUAUUACUGUACCACAUUUAACUUCCCAAAGAUGGCUAUGGCUUUAUUUUUUCUCUUCCUGGAGGGUGUUCCCAAACAGCCUGGCAACUCUGCACUAGCCAACUGCUCUGUUCAUGUUUGCCCGUUUUAUAGUGUCCCCAAGAGCCAUAGACUAAGCGGCCUUUCUUUUUGUGUAGGGCCCAGAGGCCUACAAAAUUCUGCUGGGGUAUUGCCUCUGGGGCAAAGGGUG